AUGUCCUGCAAUAAUCUCACCCUCCACGUUCACAUUUUCAUCGAUCCGAAGCGUUUGGUCGAGAAUUGGCAACAAAUUACGAUGCUUUUCUUCUACUCGAUCGAGAUUUUCCUCUUGGCCGUCAGCUUAAUCAUUUUACCGCUUUCGUGCAAAAUUUUGCACACACUGAAGCUUUUCCACUGGAAUCUCGUGAUGAUCUACAUUUUGGCGUUUGGUCCAUACGAGUUCUCGAUAAUCUCUCGUUACAUUUUAAUCCUCUACACGAUUGGCGUCAUUGGACCCGGGGAUUUCGAUUUGUUAUCCUGUGAUUUCGGUGCCCUCGCGGCGAGCACUUUCCGCAUUUUCUAUAUGUCAUUGGCUGUCGCAGCUCUCGGCGGUUUAAGUCUCGAGCGUUCCCUGGCCACUCUCUACAUUUCGGAUUAUGAAACCCGUCCUCGGCGUUAUAUCCCGAUCAUUUCUACUCUAAUCUCCGCGUUGAUUGCCUUUUUUUUCACCGUCCUUAUCAUGAUCAAUCGCCUCACUUUCCUCCAUGGUGUCCUCAUGGCAAUCAUCGGCAAUGUGCUACUAUUUUUGUAUUUCUAUAUGAUUUUCAAAAUAAAUGUGACAAUGCAAAAUCGAAUCGAAACAAUUGAUGCAAAUGUUUAUUCGUUGUCAAAGAGAUUUCAGUUGGGAGAGAAUGUCAUGGCGUUAAAGGUCGUUUUCACCUUCAUCAUCACUUGUUUCGCUUUCAAUUUCCUUAUCGCUUUAUGUUUUUUGAUAGCCGAAACUCGAGCCGAUCCAAACACUUUCAUUGCCUAUUUUUUCUACGAAAUCGCUGAUUUACUCAUUGCUGUCUACGGUGUCGUGAUCAUCGUUUUACCCGUUUACACGUGUCACGAGAUUCGCUACGUUUUCAUCAAAUUGGUGAAAAGUUGGCGAAUCACCGAGCUGCUCCUCAAAUGCGCCCGUCCGCAUCGUCGUGUCCGUGUCCGUGUCUCUACCUCAGUUUCUGUUGUCUCCACAACGCAACCCGAUCAGCCUGAUCAUCCGGAUUUUCUUGUGAUGAGCGAUCAUCAACUUCCGACAGAUCUCUGGGAAUCGCAUGGACGUCCAGCGCUGGCCGAACUCUUUGCCUCGAGUGUCUACUCGUUUUUGGUUCUACUCUCAUCCACGCCCACCUCACUGUCAACAUUUGUGAUUUUUGAUGGAAUCGCGCUCAGUGUUUCCAUGUUUUCCGUUCUUCGAAUCAGUGGAGCGCAUUUGAAUCCAGCGAUCUCUCUGGCCUACACGAUUUGCGGGAAAAUGUCCGUGAUCUCACUCGUCUCCUACACGAUUUCCCAAUUUUUUGGCGCUUUUUUUGGUACAGCACUUGGCUGUUGGGUGAUGACAGCGGAUCGUUAUGAAGACACAUUUAUUGGAAAUUCGUUGACUGCAGAGGAUUACAAUCCGCAAAUCAAUCGAUUCAAGGCUCUCUGUCUUGAAUCUCUUCUCAACUCACUCCUGAUUUUGUCGCAUCUACUUGCAAGCGAUUCAACGAAAGAAAUGAUUCCAUUGAUCGUCGGAUUGGUUAGGGUGUGCUCGUUUUCCUCAGGUGUUUCCCUGCUCGGCCUCUUCGGUUCUCCAUCCCUUUCCCUUGCUUCCUCGACAAUUCGCUCAAUUCUCCUCUCAUCACUUUCUCCACUAGCUUUCUUCUAUCUAAUGUUAUUGGCGGCUAUUGGUUCGUCACUUCUUUCAGCUGUCUUCUAUUUGUGCUUUCGAUCAUCGAUUCCUCGUCAAAAUUCCCUUGAAAAUAAUGAUUUCCCAAUUUUAUCUAAA